GGUUAAGCUCCAGCUUGCUGCGACCCCGCUCGGAAUUGCAAAUUUUUUUAAUUUUUAAAAGCUCACAAGUCCAUGUCCUCAACCACGAUGCCUUCUGAUUUCCGUAGAUCGCCAACUCCCGUGCACCAAGGUAAUUUCUUUCCAACCACGCCGGGUAAGGCAGCAGAAAGAGUCGUGCUCUACAAGCGGAACGUCAAACCCGCAUUCUGUCCCCCAGGUGUCUCGGCGAGCGUUGCGGUUGCCGCUCCGUAAAGUCAAUCGUCGAGCAGAUGCGCAAUAGGCAGUUUGCGCGUGCUCUGUCGCUGGUGAGGAAACGGACAGAGAUGCUGCGACGCCCCAGGGAAGGGUCGUCUUCUUAUGGGGCCGAAUAGACGAGUGACUCUCCUUAUCAGCGGAGCGUGAGACAAAUCUCAGCAUCAGGACGCUGUGUGGAGGGAACAGAGAACAGGGACCCGGUUCUAAUGAAAGGGACCAUUUUGCGUGAUGCACGUGACAUACCCACAAUGCAUCGUGCAGGUGCUGAUGCUGAAGGUCCCCAACAGAGCUCCGGGAUUUCGCGUCUCGUACUUUGUUGUCGCCGUGAGCAGCUUCGUGUUUCUUCGUUCUCCAAAGCGACUUUGUGGUCGUUGCGAAGCUCUCGAAGCCCAGUCUGGUUGUAACAGUUCAGGACGUGACUCGUUCCUCUGGGUUUGUCUCCUCUAAGCAGUGGGGGGGGGGGGGGGCAGUUCUUUACCCCAUGACUGUUCCUUUCAACCUUAACCACUCUUCAUGCCAGGGGGGUUAAAGGCCCUUUGUGGGUAUUCUCCUGGUUUUGAGGAGCUGGCGAGGGGCUCUUAUCUGGGGCUCUGCCCCCCGUGCAGCGCCCGUCCUUCCUCUCGUACGUCACAAGCGCCGUAAUUGAUGUCUUGGGGCCAAAGGCCUGUGAACAGUUACUCUGAUUUGUACAUCACUGGAGGUAAGGCUUCGCUUCCUUGAUGGCUUCACUGCGGACUAAAGCACACUUCCUUAUUGCCUCUUUCCUUGGAACACACACACACACACACAUCCCAAGUGCUGAACUGCUUCCUAUUAACCGCUGAGGAUGUUAUUACUGCAUUACGUUUUUCAUCUGCAUAGCAGAUGCUACACAGACGGCCCACCCCACCCCACCCCACCCCAUCCACUGGAAGAGAGGCAUGGGUGGGGGAGGUGCGCCGUAAGCCCCCGUCAGCCACGGUGCCCUGUUCACGUCCCAGGUUUGCGGAACCGAGGAGACCGCGGCAAUCCUGCAGCCGUGUCGCGGUGGAUUGUUUGCGGUCGUCUGCAGCCCCCACCUCCCCCUCCGACUCGGCUCCAGAUCCUCUUUCAAUGAGCGUGCGGGGGGUCCGGAGGCCAUCGGGUUCAAAGCUGAGCUGCGACCCUGUUGCAUAUGCAGCUGCACUCCUCAAGGGAUGUGUGUCGGGUUCCGUUUUCUGAGACAUAAAUGAACUUGAAGAAGUAGAGGUACCAGCUGUGGUCGGGUCCUGACCCCUGCAGGCUUUGCCUGGGCCCCCUGGACCUAGACCCCCCCCCACCCCCUCCAGCUCCAGUAUGAAGUCCAGCAUGAAGCAGUGGAAGCAGCUGGUCCUGGUGGCCAUGCUGGCCUGGGUGCUUCUCUUCCUGGCACUCUUCUCCUACUUUGUGGACUCGCGCGCCGGUGAGCCGCGUGCCCCCGCCCCGCCUUCCCUCACCGACACGCGCCGCCUCGCCUCCCUGCAGGGCAGCUACCGCGUCAUCAUGGGCUCACAGCCAGAGGCCACCCCUGCUGGUACCGGUGCGGGGAGGGACCGGCAGCAGGACGGCGAGAACUACCCCAGCCGGGAGGCUGCCGAGGGGGAGGCCUACCGGGACCCCCAGAACCCGGCUGCCUGGUCCACUCUGGGGAACGAAGUGGAAGGAGACCGAACCCUAAGCUUUGGCUCGGACGGGAACCGGAAGAACAACCUGGCCCGAGAGGGAGAUGAGGAGCGGCCUGGGAAGCCGAGGGAGUCCGCAGACACCCAGCUCUCAGAGGAGGCGGACGAUCUCGAGCAGUACUACUUCUCCAGGUCCAAGUCGGUGGUGCACAGGCUGUGGAAGGGGUCCGUGUCAGCCCGCAUGCUGAGUCCCCGGCUGCAGAAGGCCAUGAAGGACUACGUGAGCGCCAACAAGCACCGCGUGGCCUACAGGGGCCACCGGGACACCCAGCUCAGCCCCAAGGACCUGCUGUGUGAGCUGAAGAAGCAGGUGCGCAUUCGAACGCUGGACGGGAGCGAACCGCCCUUCUCCCGACUCGGCUGGAACCGGCUGGUGCCACCUCGCACCCUCGACCGGCUGUACGGCUCCCGCUUCCGGACCUGCGCUGUGGUCACCUCUGCCGGGGCAAUCCUCAACUCGUCCCUGGGCAAGGAGAUUGAUUCCCACGAGGCCGUUCUGCGCUUCAACUCGGCACCCACUGAAGGCUACGAGAAAGACGUCGGGAGCAAGACCACCAUACGAAUCAUCAACUCCCAGAUCCUGGCCAACCCGAAGCACCAGUUCAACACCAGCAGCCUUUACAAGCACGUAACCCUGGUGGCCUGGGAUCCUGCGCCGUACGCCGUCAACCUGUGGAAGUGGUACAAGAGUCCGGACUACGACUUGUUCACGCCCUAUGUGGAGCACCGUAAGAAGAACUCCUCCCAGCCCUUCUACAUCCUGCACCCCAAGUUCAUCUGGCAGCUGUGGGACCUCAUCCAGCGCAACACGCACGAGAACAUCCAGCCCAACCCUCCCUCCUCCGGGUUCAUCGGCAUCCUCCUGAUGAUGGUGCUCUGCGAGAAGGUCCACGUGUACGAGUACAUUCCCUCGGAGCGGCACACGGACCUGUGCCACUACCACGAGCAAUACUACGACGCGGCCUGCACGCUGGGAGCCUACCACCCGCUGCUCUACGAGAAGAUGCUGGUGCAGCGCAUCAACAGGGGCUCGGAGUACAACCUGCGCAGGAAGGGCAGGGUCACGCUCCCCGGGCUGAGCAAGAUCAGCUGCGACCCCUGACCUCGCGAGCCGUCGCGGGAAGAGCGCUGCAAUAACCACGUCCCUCUCCGCAGGAGGGGGGGAGAACCCCACGCAGGAUAUGCCACUGAUGCAGUUGUAGCUGUGAGUCGAGGCCAUAGCGGUACGACCGAUGAUCAACCACUUCCCCUCUUCUUAAAAAAAAAAAAAAAAAAAAAAAAAGAAAGAAAGAAAGAGAAAUCGUCCAUGGGAAUCGCUUGAAGUACUUUCCUCUUUGCAUUUUCUGAGCCUGCGAAGACCAGUGCUGGUUAGGAUAGCAAUAGCGCGGUCACACUUUGGACCGUUACUUAGGUACGGGAAUGGACCUCGUGAUGUACUGGUUUUACUUUGGGGGGGGGUCUCUUCCACGUGAAUGGGAGACUUUCCACAUAUAUGUCUGAAGUUGAUGUUGGUUUGUGUUCAUUUCUGCAGGGGGUGGGACUUAGAAGAAUUUACCUGUGGUUUUAUUUUCUUGGUAGAACGUUUUAAAAGCUGCUGCAGUUCACCAGACUGCGGCAAACUGAGAUUUUAUAAUUACUGACCCACGAGCCAUCGGAUGGAUAGAUGUACAUUUUAUAUAUCUGUGGAUUUUCCCGAGUGACUGUCCCAAGUGUUUUUUUCCCCCUCCCCCGAUUUGUACAGAUGUCGUGUUUUAUACCGUAUAUUAUGGGUUUUGAGACUUCCGUUUGCCUGUUUUCACUUGCACACCUGCUGUCAAGCCGUCGUCACCAAAAUGCUGUCACCGGAUCAAGGAGUACCUUCAUCUGGACCUUGGGACAGUCUGGUUGCAUUGUGGCAUAUGGCGGUACAGCUUUGUUUCAGCAACAGGGAUUGCUGAGCUGUCAUUUGUCACUUCACAGAUGACCCCAUAAGCUUAAUAAAAUCACUGUCCUUCACUGUAUUCGGCUAAAAUAUUGCGGUGUCCUAUUAGUGAUACCGAACUGUUACUCUUAAUGACAUUUUUCGGUAUCUUUUACAUUCUGAACUAGCAGAGUUACAUUUUGAGACGUUUUUUAGUUCAUACAGCUGGAUAUGUGCUGGAACAAUCAGAUCAUGUACUGUAUCUUGAAAGGUACAACAGAGGUGUCCCUUAGUCACAAGUCCAGCCCUUUAACCACUGCAGUGCCAAACAGUUACGCUCUCUUGGUCGUUUCACUAAAUGUCCAUCUGCUGCUGAUUUAUUUUUUAUAUAUAUAAUUUUUUUCCCCCUCUCUGUCUAUUGUGUCCAGCAUGGAAAAAUAGCUGAAGUCGUGACGUUUUUCUCUCCAUCGGUCCAUCUUCUUCAUCCUGGACUGAUCAGUACUUGGUCCUUCAGACUGAAUUUCUUGUUCUUCGCCGUUUCAGAUGUUGUGAAUAGUUAAAAUGUAUAGGCCUGACAAAAUUAAUGUCGUUGGAUUUAGUUGAGCAGUCUGUAUAUAAGUCGGCAAAUGUGUCUCCAUGAAUGAAUGAAGAAGAGCAGGUGUUUUCUGCUGAUUAUUACAGAAAUGCGGAGGCGUGCAGCAUAGCGCACGGCACCCCCUCCCCUGCGGGGCCUGAACUUUGCAACUGCCGAGCGACUCGAGAUGUUGUAAAUAGUGCAAAAUGGGAAAUUUGUUGAGUCGACGAAGCCGAGCGUCUGCAAGGGAUGGAAGAGAUUUGUUUCCGUCGUUCGAAAAUGCAGCUGAUUUCUUUGAGCAAUAGUGGGGGGAAUCUGUUCACGUCGAGUACGAUCCAAACGCACAGUGGCUGUUCCCUUCUCUCCGGUCGGACCCGAUCAGCGUGCUGGGCUAAGGCUACGCCCUUUCUUGCAGAAUGACACGUUUCUCCCUUGCUUUAGUUGUAGUUUCAUGAACUCGAACCCGGACCACGCUGGCAGAUUCAAUACAACAGGGGAUGAUCGCCCUACAGAUGCUCCCAGACAAAUCCGAUCGUCUGCCUCCAGGCUGAAGUGACCUACUGGGUGUUUGACUUGAGCGCGGGACACGCCGGAAUUUAAGUACGAUAUUGGGCGGUAGCCGUGAGAGGGCGAGUGCCUCAUUGUGUCCACUCUGAACGACACUUGUCGUGGGAACCCGUGACCUGUCGGGGCCGAGCCUUUCGUUCGUCCCGCCCGUGAUGUCACUUUCCGUCCCACCCGUCUAUCAGCAGGUGGCUCGACGGGUCAAGGGACCCGCGGGUAGACCGACUCCAUACACACGUGUCCUUAGAGGAACUCUCGCAUGACGGACGUUUCGCUUUAUAUGUAUAUCACGUAAUAUUUUGAAGCGAGGUGCGUUUCCUACCCUAAUCUAAGCCUAGCGGUAGGGAUGGAGACCUUUUCAUUUAGAAAAAAGUGCACAAUAAAACCAGACGGAGGACAGCCAGCCGUGACGGCAGCAGCAUCCCCCCCGCUGACGGACUCCCUGGCCGACCUUCGGCAGACGGUUCGUUUCGGUACCGUCGUGCGUCCCGCUGACGAGAAGAUGGGACCGCAGUUGAAAUGCCGCGCUUGAGUUCGGAUCUGUCCCGGGGAUCCGCGGAACAUGUCUUUAGACACACUGAAUUGCGCAGACAGCUGUGCCGGUGUGUGCCCUUAGACCAUUUAGAAUGUUGCCAUGACGAUUCCUGUUUCCCCUCUGAACUCGUAAUCUAACUGGAAUGAUUGUAAACUCAUGGGGGGGGGUCGCAGGUCAUCGGGACACUCGCGUGCCAGGCCGCGAAGGGGGGUGCAGCUCAUGGCCGGACUCUGAGCCUCACGGACUAAAUCACACGUUCGACGGUCCGAAUACGAAGUCCACGUCGUCCGCAGCACGAGUGCAUUCUCCUCGGAGCACUAAUGACAAUGAAUGCCUUGUUCCGUAACAGUACAAACUACACACUGUGCCAAAUCUUUUUUUUUUUUUUUUUUUUUAUUUCUAUUAUAUGUGUGUGUUUCUCCUCCGGGGGAGGGGGUGCUUUGCCACCGAACGCACAGGAAUGGCUUUGAAACGACUAAUCCAGAUACACGUUUUUGCCGAAUCGAGGGGGUGGUUUUUAUUUUUUCCUCCUCUUGCGUGUCGUGAAUCUGAUGCACAUUUUCGUACCGGUUCAGCGUCAUAUUGAGCUGCUGCAUUGUCUGAACAGCCUUAAAUUUUGGCAGGUAUUAAGAAUACAGUCGAUGAAAAACUAGUAGUGGCAUUUUGAUCAAAGCAAUUCACUUCCAGUAUCCUUGGGGUGUUUUUAAUGACGUUUUUCCUUUUACCGAUUUGGUCCUUUUGCUAGAUUGAAUCAGUUUGUACCGAACAUACUUUGGUAGACAGUUUGUAUACAUUCUUUUCUUCAUGUUUCUUCAUUGUUUUCUACUGUGUAAAUAAAGAGGUUCAAGAAACUCAAAAGCGAGUCGUGCUUUAAUUCCACACGCAAUCCUCGCCCCUGAGUUUUGGGGAAGAAGGUGAUCGAUUGGGGG